AUGGCCAAAAACAACUCUCCACACAAGACCACAGCAAGGAAUCAUAGACAAAGCCGCACCAAAUUCACAGAAGACCAGUUGAAUAUCCUCAUCAAAGCAUUCAAUCAAACACCUUACCCAGGUGAUGCUACCAAAGAAAAGCUUGCUUUAGAAAUCAACACUGAAGAGUCUAGAAUCCAAAUUUGGUUUCAGAAUCGAAGAGCUAGGCACCAAGUCCAGAAAAGAUCAAAACCUGAGAAGCACUUAGAAGCAAGCCAAGACCAAGAUCACCCUGAAGAGAAGAUUCAUGGUAGAGCAGACAGACGGUGUCGUACCAGCUAUACUUCCUCUCAGUUACACACCCUUAUCACAGCAUUUACAAAGAACCCUUAUCCUGGGAUUAAUUCCAGAGAGCAACUUGCUAAGGAAAUUGGGGUUCCAGAGUCAAGAGUCCAAAUUUGGUUUCAAAAUCGAAGAUCUAGAUUCUAUGUACAGAAAAAAGGAGAACUUGAUGAGCCCUUAGAACAGAAAUAA